AUGAGUAGCAAGCUUUGGGAGUAUUUUAUAUACGAUGAUGUCGAUGGGUUCCAGCGGUACCUGGCUAACGCGACGUUCGCGGGGCCUCGAGCUGCAGGAGCCGGAGGUGCGUCCGGAGCCGCGGCCAAUGUGUCCCUGAAGACUGCCAGCCCUGGGUCCACGAUCGCCUCAUCGCCAAACCCCGCCAAGGGCAAAAAGGCUCUAGCUACUUCGCCCGAUACACCUCUGCCUGAUCGAUCCACCCCCCAGCGCGGCAACGUGAGACUGUCGCGUGCCGCCAUCAAUGCCCGGGACCACUAUGGCCGAACACUUCUUCACCACAUUGCCUCUUCCCGCAAACCCACUGCAUCGGAGUUCGCGCGCUCCCUGUUAGAGGUCCCAUCUGUCGAUAUCUAUGUACAGGAUGCAGAGAGUGGGUGGACAGCGUUGCACCGGGCUCUUUACGCCGGAAAUGCGACAAUUGCGCAGGCGCUCAUGGUGCGCGACAUGCAAGACAUGACAGACAUCAGCAGGGCGGGAAACACAAAUCAAUCCAGCGGUGGUCUGAUCAAAAUAAAAGAUCGAGAGGGCUACAGUCCAUUUGAUGUUUACGGGAGGAGCAUCUCAGCCAAUGACAUUAGACUGUCAUAUGAGGACUUCAACCGAGAGAUACCGUGGGCCGACAGUGAUGACCCCGAUUCCAUUGCAGAUCUAAGACAGGGACCCGAGGAAUGGGGCACAUACAUCCCGGAGUACAUCCUCGAAGGGGCGUUCUCCGUCGCCGCUGACGAGGUCUUCGCCCUUGGAAGCAACAAAAACCUGAACCUGGGACUUGGAGAUCAGGAUGAUCGCCAGUUCCCCGAACGUGUUUCCUUGAAACGACCUGAGCACCUGCUGCAUCGGUUCUACCGUGAGUACCAGGAGAAAAUAGAAAAAUUGGGUCUUGAAGAAACCGUCCCCAAGAGUGAUACGCCAGAAUUACCCACUCUGGUAAGGGAAAAGCCGAUCAAAUUCAAAGACGUUGUCAUGUCAAAACUUCAUACUGCCAUCAUCACUGGCGAUCCCGAGUCCAAUCUCUUCAUGUGUGGAUUUGGGCCGGGCGGGCGUCUGGGCACGGGAGAUGAGUCCACACGAUUCACCUUCACUUGCAUCGAAAAGGGUGGCUUGGAGGGCAAAAAGGUGAUUGCCGCUGCUCUAGGCCAGGAUCAUAGCUUGGCGAUUACCGAAAAUGGCGAAAUCUUCAGCUGGGGAAGCAACAAGUUUGGUCAACUUGGCUACAAUCUCCCGAGAACCAAUAACCAUGGUGAUGUGCCCAUGCAAUUAACCCCGCGCCAAAUAUUCAACCCCUUCAAGAAAGAAUUGAUAUUUGGCGCAGCGGCCUCCUCCAUUCACUCGGUAGUCUUCAGCUCAUCAGCUCUAUACACAUUUGGCAAGAAUGAGGGCCAACUUGGCUUGGUAGACUCAGAUGCUCGGUCACUUGAGAAACAAACUACGCCUCGGCGUGUCGGAGCUUCUCUCUUCACCUGUCCAAUCUUGAUGGUCUCAGCCACCGAUCGCGCGACGUCUGUUCUUUUGCAGAACCACGAUGUCUGGGUAUUCUCAUCAUACGGCUAUUCCAAGCUUUCUUUUCCACUUGAGACGAGGUCAAGGUUUAUCCGGAACAGUUUCAUGGCCACCAGAUACAACAAUGAUAUCCAUCACAUUCAGAAAAUUGCGAGUGGAGGCAACACCAUCUGCGCAUUGUCUAACACUGGUGAGGUUUUCACUGUUGAGGUCAACCAGCCUGACACCCCCUCGGCCCUGACAUCCACUACAAAUCCAGCCAAGAUUCGCAGCUCGCUAUCCUCCCCGGUCCGAGCCUGGGCCGUCAAAAAGUCGCAUAUGGCCGCAGAAGACGUGGAUGUCGGACAAGAUGGCUCUAUCAUCAUUUGCACGACUUCGGGAUCUGCGUGGAAGAAGGAACGGCGCACAAAGAAGAAACAAGGCGCUUCGAAGGACUACAAAUUCUCUCGCAUCCCCGGCCUCUGUCGUGCGAUUGCGGUGCGCAGUAAUACCUUUGGUGCCUAUGCUAUUGCACAGAGGCAGUGUGAUCUUGUUAAGAAGGAAAUCAUGGUUGAGCCCGGCACUUUUGUGGACGAUCUCUUACCAAUGUCUCCAUUCCUGUUUCCUGCCUAUCCAGACAUUGAAAAGGUUCUAGACAGCGAACUUGAGACCACACCUGUGAUUCUUUCUGCCGGGGCCAGCAUGAAGAAAGCUAUACUUUCCUCAUCGGAGAUGGAAAGCCAGUUCCUUCCUGUUCGAUUCGAUGGAAUGGUUUGGUUGACCAGCUCCACGUCCGACUUGCGCAUCCCUGUUCAUGAGUUCUUACUGGCUGCUCGCAGUCCCAUUUUGCGUAAGGCAUUACUGGAGUUCCGGGAGUCAUUUGACUCUUCUGUUCCAGAUGUCUUCGCCAUUGAAAACGGGGAUGAUGGGCACCCACAGAUCUCAAUUCAGAACGUGGAUUUCAUGUCCGUUAUCACACUGGCAUUUUUCAUGUAUACGGAUCAGACCCUCGAUGGUUGGCUCCUGACAAGAAAAACGAGUCCACACUCGGCACGCUUCCGUCAAGUUCGGCUUGACCUCAUACGAAUUGCCGAGCCACUAGGACUAGAAACCCUUCAUAUAUCAGCCAUGAUGAUGUAUGUGCUACAACCAAGCCUGAAGUCUGAUUUGGCUCGUGCCCUCAAUCAACCCUCCUUCUUUGACACCGGGGAUGUAGUUGUCCAACUGAAAGGAACAACCAUCAAAGUUCACAGCCCGCUUGUUUGCCUGAGAUGUCCAUUCUUCGAUACUCUGUUCCACGGUCAUGCAGGCGGCAGAUGGCUAGAAUCGCGCAAAUCAAGCCCAACCGAGCUGGUGCACGUCGAUUUGAAGCAUAUCGAUCGCUCGAUAUUUGAGUUUGUCUUGCGUUAUCUCUACGCUGAUACUGAGGAGGGCCUCUUUGGCGAUGUCCGGACGGACGAUAUUGACGGAUUCAUCGAUCUGGUUCUGGAUGUCACGUCUGCAGCAAAUGAGCUGAUGAUCGAUCGGUUGUCUCAAAUUUGCCAAAAGAUGCUUGGCCGGUUCGUCACGAUUCGCAACGUGUGCUACCUGCUCAAUUCCCUGGCGCCUUGCAGCGUAACGGAAUUCAAAGACUCGGCUUUGAGAUACAUCUGCGAAAAUCUGGAGGCCAUGCUCGCAAACAGAUACCUCGAAGACCUAGACAGCAUGCUUCUAACUGAGCUGGAUCAGGCCUGUCAGGAAAACCAGUCCAGCACUUGGCGGGUUUCUCGUGUAGUAAACUCCGAAAAUUCCUUCCGAUUGAAGCAUCCAGAGAUUGUUGCCAUCUUGGAGGAAGAUAAGAGAAGAAGGAUUGAUGCCAUGGCCAUACAGUCUCGUCUUGGCCAUCUUGAGUCCGGUGAGGUACGCCCUCGUCCAACGCCGAACGACAAAGUGGCUUCCUCUCCGUCUGUGCGCAAAGCAAAGGCAACGUCGGCUAGAGAAUCGCCCAUUGUCGGUAACAGUCCAAUGUUGAAGCCAAGACAGUCAGUUGGAGAUUUGAUGUUCCAAAUGGAUGAUGAAAAUCCGAUGUCGCCUGGUGAUUCAAAAGGCAAGAGCGUCAGACGUGGACUCAAGUUCACAGAAGGGAUCCCCGAGAACCGAUCUUAUCCUGAUUCCCCAGCCUUGGGGGCAAGCAUCCCUGAGGCUGAAUCUUUGGGCGAGAGGAGCUUCCUAGAUGACGGGUUGUCUUCCCCUCAAGGCAAUUUGCUUGCUCUGGGGUCGCCGUCUGAUCCAUCCUCUGCGCCGUGGAGCUCUACGAUGGUGACAGGCCCGAAAAAGGACCUCAAAGAAAUCAUGGGCGAAGCAUCUCAAUCUCGCGUUUCGAACCUGACCUUGGGGAUGGUCGAUCGUCGGGAAAGCAAUGCCAAAUCUACAUCGAAGAUGUCACAGAAAGAGAGGAAGAAAAUCCAACAGGAGCAGCUACAGGAGCAGCUGGCUGCGCAGAAAAUGAAGAAAGACGCACCACAAAACCCAUGGCAGAAGCCACAAACUUCUUCACCAUCCACAUCGUCUAAACUUGAUCCAUUGCCCGGUCAGAAUGCGUCGUCAUCUGGGCCCAAACAAGCCCAGAGAUCUAUGACCAUGCGACAAACUGUAGCCGGCACACCCCCUCCCAAGGCCAAGCCUGUGGAGGUGCCUACGCAGGCGUCGCGUCGCAGUGUAUCAGGGCAUCCGCAACCAUCUCCGCAUACCAAGCAUUCAACAUCGGAACCCUCAGCGGCACCACAAAGCAAUCAACCCACCUCUCCGACCCCAGCAAUUCAGUCGAUCCGGCACAUACCCCGCCCUGAUCCUAUCGGAAUGGGCUCACCUUCCUCUGGCUCUUAUUCUCUCUCAACUAUCUUACUCCAGCAACAAAGCGAAAAAGAAGCAAUUCGCGAAGCAGCCACAGCCAAACACAACAUGCAAGAGAUCCAAGCAGAACAGGAGUUCCAACAAUGGUGGGACCAAGAGAGCAGACGCGUCCAAGGACUGCAAGAUCCCGAGCCUAGCGCGGCCAGCGAGUCUCGCACUAGCAAAGCCGGACGUGGUGAGAAGACAUCCGGCACUGGUAGCCAGCGCCGCCAGCGCGGUAAUAAACCCACUGGCAAUUCAUCGGCUCCUCAAGAUCAACGCCGCGUCUCUGCUCCAAGUUCCGGUCACGCCUCUGCAAAGGCAUCUCCCGGUGGACAGCCUACUACUCAGCCCCAGAAGGCACGAGGUGGAAAACGUCCUGAGGGGGCUUCUGGAACUGCCAAUACUCGACGGGGACAGAACAGCUCACGCGCUAAGGGGAAGGAUCGGUUAAGGUCAGAAUAG